AUGUCUGAAAGUGUCGCUUCAAUAAAACCAUUUGUCUGCAAAUGGUUUGGUGCUCAUUCGCGCUUUAGUACUCAGGAGGAACUUGAACAUCACGUCUACAAUGAUCACAAGGAUUUAACCAACUUAAAAGCCUUUUAUCGAGGAUUCCCAAUUUAUAACUGUCCAUGGGAAGGUUGCAAAAAGCAACUGAGUGAUAUUCCUAAAUUAGAAGAACAUUUGCAUGAGCACACCCAACAAAAGCCAUUUAAGUGCCCAAUUUGCAAUUGUUUGCAUCAAUUUGAAUCUCUUGAUAAACUAAAUCAACACUUAAUUUCCAACCAUAAUGAUAGUGUUGUGGAUCCUACAGGCGCAGUCGAUAUGACGAAACAGAAAAAAGGCGAUACUGCUAAAUACGAAGUUAAAAAAAACAAUCAAAGUGCUAAAUAUGAAGUCAAAGAUGAAGAUUAUCUUACAUCAUAUAAUUAUGAAGAUGAUGAAGAUUAUCUUAUGUGUAAAGCAUUAGCUAAAAGUUUGGAUCGGAAGUAUAUUGAAAAACUAUUAGUUGAGAAUGGACUUGACGAUAUUGAUUUCGAUAAAUUUUUUUCGACUUAA